AGUCGAUACUACCACACCUAGUCCAACACCAACAUCUGAAUCUGCCAUGGGGGCUCUCGGGUGAUAUGGAUUCUUUCUCUUUCGCGACUUCAGACUCGCUGAACUACCCAGUCAGCAUCCGAGUGAUCAACUUGGAGGGCGAUGAGACCCCUCUGCUGCCGUCCGCCUUGCUCGAAAGGGCUGAACUCAGACACGUUGGCUCUAAUACUAGGUAG